UCCGGAGGGGGGUUGAGAGCUCCGAGAGAGUCGCUCUCUCUCUCUCUCCCUCCCAGCAGGUCCCUCCCUACCAUGAGCAGCUUAGUGCGGGCCGAACCUCUGAGCGGGGCUCCCUUGCUGGUUCCCGGCGACUCCUACUCCGUGGUGGUUCUGCUGCAGGGCUACUCGGAGCCAGAGACGGUCGGCGACGCCGUGCGCGCUGACGGCUCUGUCACCCUGAUUCUAUCCCAGGCUUGGGACUCCGAGUCCAGCCCUCGAGAGUCUCUGCCCGCGGGCGGCGAUGCGAAGACACCCCUGGAGAUGGCGGCGUGUGGCCCCAUCCUCGUGGAUACCGGGGGACCCUGGACUCGGGAGGCGCUGCUGGGGGCCCUGGCAAGGCAAGGCUUGUCCCCGGGAGACGUGACUCUGGUGGUGGGGACCCACGGGCACUCGGAUCAUAUCGGGAACCUGGGGCUGUUUCCGGGGGCAGCUCUGCUGGUCUCGCACGACUUCUGCCUUCCCGGGGGCCUCUACCUACCCCACGGGCUGAGUGAAGAGCAGCCCCUGCGCCUGGGCCCCGGGCUCGAAGUGUGGGCCACGCCGGGCCACGGGGGCCAGCGGGACGUGAGCGUGGUGGUGGCAGGCACGGCCCUGGGCACUGUGGUAGUGGCAGGUGAUGUCUUUGAGCGCGAUGGUGAUGAGGACUCAUGGCAGGCACUGAGCGAAGACCCGGUGGCGCAGGAGCGGAGCCGAAAGCGAAUCUUAGGCAUCGCCGAUGUGAUCGUGCCUGGUCAUGGAGCCCCUUUUCGGGUGAUCAGGGAAGCCUUUCAGCCAGAGACAAAUAGUUGCGGAAACAGCACCCGGGAGCCAGUGGCCUGAGAUAAGGUGCUAACCCUGGAAGGAUGAGCCCUGGGGUGGACAGGACUUCUGUCAGGGAGGCCCCUCCAAGGAGGAACAUCCAGGAUACGGAGAGGACCUGGUCGGCCAGAAUCAGAGCAGGCAAGAAUGGUCACUCACUUCCAGCCUUCCAGGAAGGAGUUUUUCUAGUAAGGACAGAAUGCUACUGCCAUCACCAAUAUCACUCUGCCUGUCUCUGCAAACCAAUUUAGGACCAAGGAUUGGCUCAGCUCUGUAUUCAUCCUCUGCAGUCCUCAGUAAAAUGAAAAAAGUUCUUGUGA